AUUUGGCGCGCAAUGCCGGCAGCUGGCCUCAGUUGAUAAAGUCUAAGCAAAUGGAAAACAUUUGCGCUGCAUUAGAGCCGCAAUUUCCGUGCCGUGAAUCGGCAAUAACAACUUUAGCUGAGCUAAUUGGCGACUGCAAUGAGGCAUAUCCACCAGCUAUUUAUAUCUAUGGACACAGCGGGACCGGCAAAACCUCGCUGUCCAAAGCCUUCCUCCUGCAAUGUCAACAGCAGCAAAAGGUGCGAACUGCCCAGCUGAAUGCCAUCGAAUGCUAUACAACAAAAAUAUUGCUGGAGAAUGUCCUGGAUUCACUCUCACAGGAAAAUUCGGAGCAACAGUUGGCUGCAGAGUCAUUGCGUGCUGAUAAUAUGUUGGAAUUCGUAGAGCAACUGCGUCGUUGGCAUGGCAGCAAAGUUCGGGGAUUUCUCAUAGCUGUGGACAAUGCGGAACGACUACGCGACAUGGAUGCGAAUGUGCUGCCAGUGCUGUUGCGCCUGCAGCAACUAACAGGUCUCAAUCUGUGCGUGCUGCUUCUCUCGCAGCUUCCCUUCGAAAAGUACUACAAUAAGACGGGUCUCAGUGAGAUCAUCAGUCUGCAUCUGGCACAGUACAACAAGACAGAAACGCUGCGCAUACUCAGCAGCGACUUUGACCAGAUGCGGCGCCAAAUGCUGCAACAAAUGAAGGAAGAUCAACUGCAUCUGGCUGAACAGGCGCUGACUCCCGAUUUCUAUAGCAACUAUUUGAAUCUUUUUCUGAGCGUUUUCUACAAGGCUUGCCGAGAUGUACCCGAGCUGCAGUUGACGGCUCGCAAGUGUUUUGCCAUCUAUUUGCAGCCCGUGCUGGAUGGCAGUGUGGAGUGCACGGAUGUGUCGCGUCUCUGGCGGCACAUAGCUGGGCCACUGCGUGCCGCCCUUACGCAGAUCUAUAUGCGCAUAGAUAAGCCACUGGGCGAGCCGGCCGUUGAGGAUCAGAGUGUGCGCAAGCUGGCCCAAUCACUGGAGUUGCCCUAUUAUGGGAAAUUUCUGCUUAUCGCUGCAUUCCUCGCCAGCCACAACUCCGCCAAGCAGGAUAAGCGCCUGUUCGUCAAGCAUCACGGCAAGCAACGCAAGCGCAUGCAAACGGUCAAUGCCAGAGCCAAGAAUGUCGACAAGAUGUCCACGACGCUGGGACCCAAAUCCUUUAGCAUUGAUCGCCUGCUAGCCAUUUUCUAUGCCAUACUCGAUGAGAAGGUCGGCCUCACCUGCAAUCUACUGUCACAGAUCUCCACGCUGGUGCACUUGAAGCUGCUCAGUUUUGUCUCUGGCGAACAGAAUAUCAUGGAUGGCUCCGCCAAGCUGCAGUGCACGGUCGGCUUGGACUUUGUCGUCCACAUUGGUAAAGUGGUGGGCUUUAAUGUGCGCCAGUAUCUAUGCGACUUUAUGUAACAAUUUAAAAGAUUUAUUAUACUAACAGUCCGGUCUGCCU